AUGGCAGACAACUCCACCAGUGACCCUCACUUCUUUAGGCAACAGCUUAACGUGACUGAUAUUAUCAUCAUCGUGGUGUAUUUUGCUUUAAACCUGGCUGUGGGAAUAUGGUCUUCGUUCAGAGUCAACAGAAACACAGUGAGUGGGUACUUCCUUGCAGGAAGGGACAUGACAUGGUGGCCAAUUGGAGCCUCUCUCUUUGCCAGCAGUGAAGGAUCUGGGCUAUUCGUUGGACUGGCCGGGUCCGGAGCAGCAGGAGGACUGGCUGUAGCUGGCUUUGAGUGGAAUGCGACAUAUGUGUUGCUGGCACUGGCAUGGAUAUUUGUGCCCAUCUACAUCUCCUCAGAGAUUGUCACCUUGCCUGAGUACCUUCAGAAGAGAUAUGGAAGGUCCAGGAUACGCGUGUAUUUGUCCAUCUUGUCACUGCUGCUGUCUGUUUUCACCAAGAUAUCUAUUGACUUGUAUGCAGGGGCCCUCUUUGUGCACAUCUGUCUGGGCUGGAAUUUUUUUCUGUCUACUGGCAUAACGUUGGUGAUCACGGCACUUUACACUGUUGCAGGUGGCCUGGCUGCUGUCAUCUACACCGAUGCACUGCAAACACUGAUCAUGAUAGUCGGGGCAAUCAUCCUGACAAUCAAAGCUUUUGACCAAAUCGGGGGUUAUAGCCAGUUGGAGACAGCUUACUUACAUGCAGUGCCAAACAAGACAAUCCCUAACACAACAUGCCACCUGCCCCGGGCUGACGCCAUGCACAUGUUCCGAGAUGCCCACACUGCAGACCUCCCAUGGACUGGUAUGACCUUCGGUCUGACCAUCAUGGCCACUUGGUAUUGGUGCACCGACCAGGUCAUAGUACAGAGGUCCCUUUCUGCCAGGAACCUGAACCAUGCCAGAGCAGGCUCCAUCCUUGCCAGUUACCUAAAGAUGCUGCCCAUGGGCCUCAUCAUUAUGCCAGGCAUGAUUAGUCGGGCACUAUACCCAGGAUCACACGUAUUCCAAGGAAGGGACCAGGUCAGCGUCAGCAGGGUUGAUGAUGUGGGCUGUGUGGUGACAUCUGAGUGCCUGAGGGCCUGUGGGGCCGAAGUGGGCUGCUCCAACAUUGCCUACCCCAAACUAGUGAUGGAGUUGAUGCCUGUGGGGCUUCGGGGACUGAUGAUUGCUGUUAUGAUGGCAGCCUUGAUGUCCUCCUUGACCUCCAUCUUCAACAGUAGCAGCACACUCUUCACUAUGGACAUCUGGAGGAAGCUGAGACCUCAAGCAGGAGAGAGGGAGCUCCUGUUGGUGGGCAGGCUGGUUAUUGUGGUCCUUGUCGGCAUUAGCGUAGUCUGGAUCCCAGUCCUCCAGGGCUCCAAAAGUGGACAGCUCUUCAUCUACAUGCAGGUGGUCACCAGUUCUCUGGCACCUCCAGUCACAGCUGUCUUCAUUCUAGGAGUAUUUUGGAAUCGGGCCAAUGAACAGGGGGCCUUCUGGGGGCUGAUGACAGGGCUGAUAGUGGGAGCUACCCGGAUGAUCCUGGAAUUUGUUUACCCUGAGCCACCUUGUGGCUUCACAGACAACCGGCCAGCUGUGCUCCACAGCCUUCACUAUCUUCACUUCUCUGUGGUGCUCUUCUCCAUCACAGCUGCUAUAGUUGCUACUAUUAGUUUGCUGACUCUACCACCUGAUGAGUCUCAGAUCAAGAAUUUAACGUGGUGGACCCUUUCCAAGGACAUCCCAUUUUCCCUAUCUGCAGGAAAGAAGCAAACUUCCUUCUGGACCCAAGUCUGCAACUUCAAUGCCAUUCUGCUUUUGUGUGUCAACAUAUUCUUCUAUGCCUAUUUUGCCUGAUGGUGUUCUUCUGGGAAACCAGAGGGUCAUGGGAGAGGCCCUCAGGGAUGUAGGAGAUAUUUGUCCUAAUUAGACUUUUAAAAAAGUAUCAUAGACUCUUGGAGCUGUAAGAACCACCUAGUCCAACUCACUUAUUUUACAGAUGGGGCCUUGAGAAGGGAAGUGACUUGCCCAAAGUUAACUCAGCUUUCUGGUGGAAGGUGUAGGAUUAAAACCCAUGUCUCUUGACUCCUAGGCCAAUACUAUAUCUAUUAAACUGGGCUUCCUUUCUUUUCCUGGUCCAGAAGCAUUUGGACAGUGGGAAGUUCUUAUAAGAACAUGUGUCCUUUGACAACAAGGUGUCCCACUACUACUACCACCAUCACCACCAACAACCUUUGUGUUAUAAUCCUUGGAAACAUCUUCAGUUUAGGCCACUACCUGAGAAUUCCAGAGCCUGGAAUAGGACUUAAUUUGCCUUGAAGUCUCUAGGCUCUCUCCCUGCUUCCACUUAUCCACUUAAGGCAAUGUCAGAGAGACCUAAGUCUGCCACUAAUUAGCUGUGUGACCUUGGGCAAGUCACUUUCCUUCUCUGGGACUCAGUUUCCUCAUCUAUUAAAUGAAAGAAUUGAACUAGAUGAUUUCUUAGGUUCUUUAGGGGUCUAAUAUUCUCUGACUCCAUGAAUUCUAUGAUUCUUCCCUUCUACCCUACCCCUAGCCUGGCCAAGUCCACACAAAGCACUCUCCACACGUUCAACUUCCCCAGAAUGGGCUGCUUCCUCCCUCACACUUUGAAUCUGUGACUCAGUGAAUCCCUAGUCUUGCAAUCUGGGUGGAGAACAGAGGAAAAGAGAAGUGUAUGGGUCUUGAAGUUCAGUGAGGUUUGACUGAGAAGUCAUGAG